UCUUUAACUUACUGGGAACAGAAAAAAGUAAGUAGUUUAGAAGUUAUAAAAAAAUAGAUCAGAUCAUUUGGAACAUCUUGUAUUAACGUCAGCAGCUAAAAGUGGAAUUUCGAAGUACAACUAUAAACUUUCAUUAAAAAUGUCUGAUUUAAAAAGAGACAUAGGAGUUUCCACCGAUAAUACUGAAAUUGUGACAGUCGAUAAAAAAAAAGCGGACUAUUUUCAUGAAAACCUUACAAAAAUGGUGUCAGGCAAUCGCCAACUCGGAGAUAUUGUUUCUUCAGACCGCAUGCUUGGCUACACAGAUUCAAUAAUGGCAACGUGUGCAACAUUUCUAGUCAUUCCGAUAAAAAAGAUACACACUACAAACGCUAACCAAACACUUGCCUUAUCAAGUUUUAUUGAUGAUAUGCAGGCGGAGUUUAUUAUGUUUUUUUUGGGAUUUGCUGUAGUACUAACCAUUUGGGAAAACAUCAACGUAAGGACAAUGGUGGUAAAACGUGUAGAUGAUUAUGUUUUGACUUUUGUUAUAUUGGAAAUGUUAGCAACCACUGUUCUCCCAUUUUCUUUGGCUCUUCAAGGCAAUUAUCCAUCCGAAAAAGUAUCAAUAAUUUUAACAUGUUGCGUUUUAGGAUUUAUUCAAAUAUUAGACAUACUGCUCAUAUGUUAUGCAAUUGAAACACCGAGAAUCCUACAUAUAGAAAUACAGACGUGGUCAAAAACAGAACUUCGUAGGUUUCGAAACAUAGUUCUCAUCAGACCUUUGUUAAGUCUAGUUUUAGUUGUUAUUGGAGGUGUCCUUUGUCUAGUUCAUUACGCGGUCUCUUGGGGAUUUAUCGCUAUUUUAACUUUGAUGCCAACUAUUCGUAAUUUAUUUUUGUAUGUUCGUCGACGAAUGAAAACUUCUAAAAAAAUGGAAAAAUAUGAGUUUUAUUUCUUUUUUUCAAAAGGAAACAUACCGAACGAGCGCAUUGAGGUGAUGAGCGAUGCAGCAGUCGCAGUCAUAGCAUGCCUUCUUAUUCUAGAUAUAACUACUGAUGAGUUUCCACUUUCUAAUAUAGUGUCUGAAAAAGGCUUAAAACAUGUGCUGGAAAAUAUGAAGUCUGAGUUUUACACGUUUCUUGCAACAUUUGCUAUGGUCUCUACACUUUGGUAUGUUAACCACUGCGUGUUACAUUUAUUUCGUACCAUAAAUACUGUAGCGCUGUAUUUACAGAAAUUCUUUCUUGCUUUUUCGUGCUUAUGCCCUUUAGCCGGAAAUAUGAUUUUAAAAUACGGAGCUAAAGGUAACGCAAGUUCAAUAACUAGUAUUCGUUAUGCUGGAUUAAUAGUUUUUUGCGCUAGCAUGGCAAAUUUUUUUCUAUUUUUCUACGGGUUUUUAACUCAAGAAAAAUAUUGGUUUGAAUGGGCAAAAUGUGAUCGUAGCUUUAAAGCUAUGCCUCGGCAAUGUUUGUAUAUUGUUUUCAAGACAUUAAACGUACCUUUUUGGUCUUUACUGUGUACAUUAGGAAGCUUAGGCUCCCCUAAAUUUUCUUUUUUUGUUUUGUGUACGUGUUUUAUUGCAUCUCCGUUAACAUUUUUUUUUGCUAAACUAGCAUUUAUGAAUCAUAUCGGUAAAAAUAAUCAAUCGUGUGAUACUAACAUAAAUGUAUAUUUAAAUAGUCACAUGUGCAAUAUUAAUAAAAAUGAAGAAAACAAACAAAAUAUUACUAAAAGAUUUGAAGAAAGAGAAAUUGGAGAUAUAAUUUACGAUAAAUGUAUUCAGAGCAAUGUAAAUAAUAAUUUAUUGUUGAAAGAUUUGUACGUUGUUCAAAAUAAUGCCGCGUUGAUCUCCUACAAGACGAACGUUAACUGUUACUUGUAGCACUUUAAUCUCAUUUGAAAUGAAUAGUAAAAGUGUCUGUAUUAUUUUCAAUGUACGGUUCCUCGCAGCAGCAAUCUCUAAUGGGAAACUAGGUUAAUAAUACAUGAAUAAACAAUAAAAGCUGCACAGAUAAUAAAUUAACCAUAUUCACACAGAGAAAAAAAAAAUGUAAUCGGAAGAUGUGGUGUAUUUAAUGCUUCAUUGAGUUUUGUUUUUAUUGAGAUAAUUUUACAUACAUCGUAUUUGCUAGCAAUUGUAAAGUACAAUAUGAUUACACAGACUCUAUGGUGAUAGAGAUUUAAUUGAUACUCACAAAUGUAGUCUAAACAUGAAAUAAAAAGUAAAAAAUGCCGUUUAUUUAUACACAAAACAAAUUUUUGGCUUAGGACAUUAAAUGAUACAGAGAAAUCAUACUACUUUAAAAUAAAUAAUCAAUUAGUUAAAAAACUUUCAAGUGCAUGGUUUUCCUUUAAAUUAAAACUUUUAAAGUUUAUAGGCAACUUGGUAUUACUAUAUGAAAACUAUUAGAAUCAUCUAUAAUACUGUAUGCAACUAUGUUAUUUAUGCAAUGUUACCAAUCAACGGUUAUUUUUAUAUUCUAACUUAGCCAUGCUUUUUUAGUAAAAAUUUUGUCAAUAUUUAUCACGAAUUUAAAAUGAAAAUGUUUGGUACCUUUUUUGUUUAGGGAAUGCGCAUUUAAUUUGAAUUAUAAUAAAAUAAAUUUUAA